GCAGUUUCUGGUUUGUUUAUGUCUGCAGAUGGCGGGUGAGAAGAAGGCAGGCGAAAAGAAGGCAGGUGAGAAGAAGCCGGCCCAGAAGAAGGUAGGAGAGAAGAAACCUGCUGACAAGAAGCCAGUUGAGAAGAAGGCAGGCCAGAAGAAAGCGCGUGAGAAGAUAAAGAAGCCUAAAAAGUAUCAUGCCAGCCGCAACCCAGUUCUGGCCCGGGGUAUUGGGAAAUACUCCCGGUCAGCCAUGUAUGCCAGAAAAGCAUUGUACAAACGCAAAUACACUGCUCCAGAAACAAAGAUAGAAAAGAAAAAGAAAGAGAAGCCACGUGCAACUGUCAUCAAACCAGUUGGCGGAGACAAGAAUGGAGGCAGCCGUGUGGUUAAAGUCCGCAAAAUGCCUCGCUACUAUCCGACUGAGGAUGUUCCUCGCAAGCUUUUGAGUCAUGGCAAAAAGCCAUUUUCUCAACACAAGAGGAGGCUGCGGGCUUCUAUUACUCCAGGAACUGUUCUGAUCCUCCUGACUGGACGUCACAGAGGCAAGCGUGUUGUCUUUCUGAAGCAGCUUGGUACUGGCCUGUUGCUUGUUACAGGACCUCUGGUUGUCAACCGUGUUCCUCUGCGUAGGGCCCACCAGAAAUUUGUUAUUGCUACAUCUACAAAGGUUGAUAUCUCCGGAGUGAAAAUUCCCAAACAUCUCACUGAUGCAUACUUUAAGAAGAAGAAGCUGCGUAAGCCCAAGCACCAGGAAGGCGAGAUCUUUGAUACUGAAAAAGAAAAAUAUGAAAUAACGGAGCAACGUAAGACAGACCAGAAAGCAGUGGAUUCCCAGAUCCUUGCACGAAUCAAGAAGGUGCCUCAGCUCCGUGGGUACCUGCGCUCCACAUUCUCUCUCUCAAAUGGAGUCUAUCCUCACAAAUUGGUGUUCUAAGUGUUCUGAAAGCACCACAUUAAAUUUGAGAGGAAAAUAGCAA